CGGACUCGAGAAAGUAGAAUAGUGGAAUGCGCAUGCGUGGAGGCGGCUAAAUUCAAACCUAAAGACGUUAGCAUUACACGUCUGAUCGAGGGAGGCUCGUUGACGUUAUCUAGAGCUUGUAGGUUCUCACAUCGACCGAGCUAAAAAUAAGCGACAUGAAAAGUAUUUUAAGUUAACGUAAAGUAAGACGAACACAAUCGUAUCCGACGAGGAAUUAAACUCAUUACAACUACAAGUUGAAAAUGGAGCCUCUGGAUCCUGCCAAGAAUGAUGAAGGCAGUGGAUUCACCAGGCGGCGCAUUUCUUCGAUUUUAAAAGCUCCACAGAGAUCAUCAAUGAAAUUCUCUGACCCAGUGCAACAGGAAAACGUGGUGGAGUGUGCUAAACCAGUGGAAAAGAGGAAUUCAAGAAGAGUCAGUUUUGCCCCUGCCAACAAUGUUCUCCUGUUCUCAAAGGAUGGAAAAAAUGCCUCUCCUGCCAAAAAUCCUUUACAAGAGUUAAUAAUGACAACAGCGGCAGCCACAAACAAUCGGGUCCAGGUGGCCCUCACUGAAGAUGGGAUUCAACCAAUUACAGGAAUGGAAACUCUAUUGAAUGCUCCUCUACAUGCUUCUCAACAAGGGCAUAAGGUCAACUUUGAUACUGUGGGUGGCUUAGGGGAGAAAACCGUGAUGUUUUCUACAAAUGAUGAAUUCAUGGACAUGACCCACAGUCACACGAUAAACAUUGCCGGUGAUGCAGAAUUACUUGGAGAUAUUUCCCUCCAGAACUAUGACCCUUUACCCUCUAGAAGAGAGAAAACGGCAAUGUUCAGUGUGAAUAAUGGAUCCAUGGCGAGAAAUGUAUCCUCAUCGGUGCCUUCUUUGGACACUGAAUUUGAAAACUUCCUUGACAGUCACUCUAAACAAAGUAGCCCCAGCCCUAGCCUGGUCGUCACAAGAACAAAGCAUGCUCCUGUUGCACCCUCUGAAGAAGCAAACCGCUCUCUGGCACAGAUUAAAACCCAAAGGGCUGAUGUGGAUAAAGAAAACCAAGCUCCAACUUCAGUUUCAGCUGUGAUGGAGAAGUCACUUAAUCCAUCCAAGAAGAUUGGUGAAUUAUCUUACAGAAGUGCACUCUGUCCAGAAGAUGAUAUAAGCAUGGAUAUGACAGAACCUGAGGCAGACUGCAUGCUGGGAUUCACUGAUGAUGAUGAUGAUCCUUUCCAGUGUCUUUUUCCCACACAAGAAAUGUACUCCCGCUUUGACAACAGAGUGUUACAGACAGCAGAGAAGACCAAACAGCAGAAAAGCAGUAAAACGCUGGCAUCCUUUAACCCUAAAGAUAUGACAUCUUUGAAGAAUCCGGCUGUACAUGCUUCCCAUCGAAGACACAAGGCCAACUGUGAUACAGAAAAUGAUUGCAAAGAGAAAACAAUAAUGUUCUCUGCAGGUGAUGAGUUUAUGAAUAUGACUCAGAGUCAUACGGUCAACAUUGCCAGUAGUUUAUUACCACCUCCGAACCAAAACUUGGAUAUUGUUCACACUCUUGGAAAAAUGGACAAUGCUUCAUCUCUGGAGGAGAGAAAGCAUGAGGCGGGUGGUGCGCCUGGCUUGUCAGCUAAUGCUAUGGAUCUAGGAUUUGAAGACUUCCUUUCAAGUCUCUCUAAACCAGGCGCCUCCAGUGGUAAUCCUGCGAUUGCCAGAGCGAUACCUUCUGCUGCAGCAUCCUCUAAGGAAACUGUUGACAUCAACAGCUCCCUGUUCCAGCUUCGAAGUAAUGUUUGUAAAGUAAGUCAGUCCCUCAUUACAUCCAGGAGCGUUGAAAAAUCAUUUAAUGGAAGUACAAUCAGUCCUGAAAAUGAUGUGAGCACGUAUAUGACUAAAGUUCAGACGGACCGCAUAAUAGGGCCCACCGCCUCAGAUGAUCCUUUCCGGUGUCAUUUUCCCACACAAGAAAUGUACUCCCGCUGUGAAGGUCUGAAGAAACAAGAGAUGACUUCAGGACAGAAGAACAGCGAAGCACUGGGGUCAUCUAACUGUGCGGGUAUGGAGACCGCAUUGAAGCCAUCUUUGAAGACAAAGGUGGAAAGAAAUCCGGUUAAAUUUGAUACCGAAGAUGACUGCAGAGAGAAACCUGAGAGGUUUUCUGCAACUGAUGCAGCUAUGGAUGUGACACAAAGUCACACUGUUAACAUUGCCACUGGUUUCGAGCUGCAAUCGUUUCAAAAUGUGGACCGUUUGGCUAUAUCUGGAGAGAAAACCUUUAAGUUUACUGCAAAUAAUACCUCUAUGGAUAUGACAAGAAGUCACACUGUAAACAUUGCCACUGAUUUAAAACUGCUGUCACAGCAAAAUGUGGACUCCUUACCUGCUUGUGGUGAGAAAACCAUGAGAUUCAACACAACUGAUGCAGCUAUGGAUGUGACAAGAAGUCACACUGUAAACAUUGCCACUGAUUUAAAACUGCUGUCACAGCAAAAUGUGGACUCCUUACCUGCUUGUGGUGAGAAAACCAUGAGAUUCAACACAACUGAUGCAGCUAUGGAUGUGACAAGAAGUCACACUGUAAACAUCGCCACCCAUUUAAAACCGCAGUCACAGCAAAAUGUGGACUCCUUACCUGCUCGUGGAGAGAGAACCAUGAGAUUCAACACAACUGAUGCCGCUAUGGAUGUGACAAGAAGUCACACUGUGAACAUUGCCACCGAUUUAAAACCGCAGUCACAGCAAGAUGAGGUAAUUUUACCUGCUGACGAGAAGACAACGAGGUUCACUGACAAUGAUGCAGCUAUGGAUGUGACCCAAUGUCUCGCUGGAAAUAUUGACAGCAAUUCAGUAUCAGAAUCACUUCUUUACCAUGAUUCUAAUAUUUUAUUCACCCAUAAAGACGCUGAUUUUCCUUUAUCUGCACAGAAGACGGAUCAUCCGCGCCACCAAUCUUUGUCCGCACACACUUUGGAUCCAGGGUUUAAAAACUCCCUAUGUAAGAUGAGUGACCCCUGGGCCAGAGCAGUGGCUCCUGCUGCACUGUCCCCUCAAGAAACUGAAGACACAGAUAACUUACUGGACCAAUUUAAAACACAGAAGCCUGUUGUGGAUACUGAAAAGGUAGCCUUAGGUUUUGUUUCAGCUGUCUUGGAGAGGCCAGCAAAUAAAACCAUGACAGAAAGUCCAGAGGACGAUAUGAGCGUGAGCAUGAACAUGACUGAAGCUCAAACUGGCGGCAUUUUAGGACAAACGUAUACAGGUGAGCUGCCUCAAUGCCUUUCUUCCUCACAGGACAUGUACCCCAAUCCUGACCUUUUGAAGAAAACCGAGGCAACUCCUCAACAGAGAAAUGAAGCACUGGGAUCAUCCAACCCAGGAGGAGUGGAAAUCCCAAACCUUCCUGAUUCUCCUGACUCAAAUGAAACUGGCACCAGUAAGGAACCCAAAUCAAAAAAUCUAUCUUGUACUUUAUCACAGAAGAUGGUGAGUUCACCCUGUGCUGUUGACCAUGAUAUUGAUACCGCACCUUCACAAAAGUCCAGACGGAUGAGUCUAGCCGAUCUUAAGUCAAAAGUAAGGCGUUUGAGUCACAUGGUGAGUACAGCUCCUGAUACUAUCGCUAUGGACAGCCGCACAGCACCCUUGCCUCACCUAGAACGGGACAUGGACAAAACCUCAAACGACAAAACCAAAUCCCUACCUGUAACAGAGCCUCAACUUGAGAUGGGUUUGGUAAACACAGAAGAAAAUACACAAGCUCAAUGUCUUAUGCAAGGAGAACAACCCUCUGCUACUACAACUCCUUUCAACUUGAAGACCAAACAACUUAUGUCAAGACUGUCAAUGGGAAUUUUUAAGGCAAAACUCCCCCAAAAAAGCAAACCGGAUAAUUCAAAGAAGGGGAAUUCUGUGGACAAAGGCCAAAGCACAGUUCCAGUCAAUGUUUCUCAUCAACUGAGCAACUUUGACCAUGAUAUGAGCGAUAUUUAUAAUGAAGAGCUUGGUAGCUAUGAAGGUAUGUCUGAAACUUUGGACAUAACGAGUCCUCAGAAAGCCACUGAAAAAGUGAAGGCUUCCCAAGAGUUCAACAUGGAUGAGCUUUUAGAGGAAGAUGUAUAUGAAAAGGACUUGAUUAGUGCCGCCAGUGGAAAAAAGAGACCUUUGCCAGCAGAUAAUGUGGAGGAUGAGAAGAGACUGAAGGUAUCCACCGUGGCGACCUCUGAUGUUGAAAUGGGAUUUCCGUCUCACGUUGUGGAGUGUGACAGCAACGUUACUACAGUUCCAAGCAUGACUACACAGACCACAGAUUACUCCAACAGCAGUCACACAGCCAGCAUCAGAUGUGAAGCUACAUUUGAAUCAACUUACAAACAAAGCCUGUUUGAAUCCCAGCUAGAAGACUACGCCAAUGAUGUUCAGAGGAAACUCAGUGAUGGCACCAUUACAUUGUUAGAGUUCUUUCAACUCUUCAACAUAGACUUUGUCAUCCAUAAUCCUCGGCAAAGCAUCCUUCCUGGCAGACUUUUGUCAGACACAGAUCGCACAUCGAUGGAUUUAUUGAAAGACCGGCACAUCAACCUUCCUAAACAGAUGGUGUAUGAGACAGAUGUCCUCAACCUUACAGAGAUGGUGGAGGGGUUGAAGGAGCCAAUGCGGGACCUAGACAAACCACUGAAGAUUGUUAAUAGACCUUUGUGGGAAGAAGUGAGACAUUUUUCAGACAAAGAGGUCAAAUCCUUUGGUGCCAAACUAAAAGAGAGACAUAACCGGUUCAGAAAGUUGAGCAAAGUUCAGUCGCAUGAAAUGAAGGAGGUGUUGUACUCCAAUCUAUUGCAGGCUAAUCUGAAGGAGCAACAGAAGGCGAGAGGAAUGAUUGAGGAAGCAGAUGGGAUGAUAAAAAGUUUGGACGACUGUAUUCGUGAAUUAGAAACAGAACUUAUUGCAGUUGAAGAAAAAGGCUUUGAAGACCAACCAAGUCUGAAAUCACGUCAGGAAGAAAUGCAAAAAGUCACCGAGGCUUUGGAGGAUAAUAACCGACAAACAUCUGAACUGGAGAUGCAGAAGCAGCGGACGUCCGAUAAACUGAACAGGCUGAAAGUGGAGACGAGCAACCUUGAGACCCACCUCACCGCGCUGCAUAUGAUAAAUGAAUGGAAGUUUGGGGAGAAGAAAGACAACUGCAGUGUCUACACUUUCCUCUAUGAGACCUUGAUUCUACAGUUGGUGUAUGAAAAAUCCAAUGGAAAUGAUGCUGAUAUUCAGUGUGAGAGGAAAAUAUCGUACAUCACAUUGAGUCUUCAACUUGAUGAUGAAAAGACGGAGGGUAAUGCCCGCCUUGUUCACAGACUGCUCUCUCAGUACAUCGAGGGACACACUGACUGGGUGGAGAAAUAUCCAACGAGCAGACAUGUUCCAAAGCUGCUCCAUGACGUGAGCCUGGUGGUGAGUCGCUGUCGUCAGCUGGGAGAGGAGUUGCGUCGGCUGAAAACGUGGGGAAGUGUGAGGCUCAAUAUUCUCAACAUGAGCUGUGUGGACACUCAAGUGCACAUUGUCUUCAGCAGUCUCAAGACACUUUCCGAGUUUGAGGUGAUCUUCUCUGUGAGUUUGAUCGACCAGCCCUAUGUCCUCCAGUUGAAGAGCUUUAACAACAUGAUCGGGAACACAACGAUCCAACAGAUUGAGGAGAUUGCGUCGUCGUUCAGUCCAUCCAAGAACCUCCUGACAAAGAUCGUCAAAAAGAUAAAUGAGAAUCUACUCUAUUGAGACAAACAUUUUUUAUUCCAGUCAGUUGUAAUAAAAACAAUUUUGUACAUUAUGAAAGAAAAUCUUUAACACAUAACUGGCUUUUAAGUAAAUAAAUAAUGUGUACAGGUUGCAAGACUGUUAUUGUUUUUUUGCAUUUUGUUAUAAAUACUUGGUGAAAUUAAAUUAUCGGUGUUCAACGGAACAGCAUGCCUGUUUAAGUUGCUAGAAUACAGUUUUACAGAAUUGGUUUUAAUUAAGUCCAUGAAUUCCUGAGCCCGGAGUAUUUCUUUUUGUGUUAGCUUAGCUUUAUUUCCAGUUUAUUAAUAUUGAACAUGUCAAGUUCAGGGGGCAGCCAUAGCUUAUUCACACAAAAGUGGUGAACAGUUGCCUCCAUGUUUACUAACGUACAUCAGCACGCCGCCCGUGACAUCUUUACUACGUGUGGGUCACCACAUAUGUGAGACGGGACGUACUCAUUCACAGAUUCCUGCCUUUUAUUAGUAAGAGCAAUCGCAGUCUUUCACUUCUCUCAUGUGCAGAAACUGCAGCUUCCAGAUGGUGAACAUGGUUAAAGUACUUUGUUUUGCUUACUGUGUACAUAGUAUAGUCACAUUUUGUAGCAUUGAAUGUAAGUAAAUAUUUUGCUGUUUGGUUCAUAAUGCUAAUCCACCAGUUCCUAUGAUUUCUUUACAAUUUAGGAAAAUAAAAUGAAUGUACAUACAUUUAAAAAAGAAAAAGUAAUUUGAAACUUUUUUGUGUGCCAUUGUUUGCUUGUAUUAAAUGUGUUGCCAGGA